ACAGCAAGUGCAAUCAAUGUGAGCGCUUUAAAACUCAAGGCAGAAGCAAAAGAAAAUAAGAUUAGCUAUACAGAAGCUACCUGCGCUAUAACUAACGAACCAAUAAAUGAAGUAAUAAUCGAGAAUGAUCAAGAUGAUAUAAGUCACGAACCAAUAUGUGAUACAGAUGAUAUAAAUUAUGAGCCAAUAUAUGAUACAGACUCUUCUGUUGAAGAAUCAGAUAUUCUUUCGCUUAAAAUAACUUUAG